GGGAGGAGGAGGCAAGAUGGCGGCGCCGGGGGCGCUGAGGCGCUGCUGGCGGUUGGUGCUGGGCGGCCGGGCCAGCUGGCGACCCGCUCCGCCGCUCCGAGGACGAGCGCUGCGCUGGGCAUCGUCCUCCUCGCAGCCGGGCCCGACGGAGAGCGACCCCAGCGAGGGGCAGGUGUACCUCAGCGAGAGCUGCGUGAAGAGGCUGCUGGAGAUCGCGGAAGGCUCGGAGUUCCUCAGGCUGCAGGUGGAAGGAGGCGGUUGCUCCGGGUUCCAGUACAAGUUCUCUCUGGACACAGUUGUCAAUCCUGAUGACAGGGUGUUUGAACAAGGUGGUGCCCGUGUGGUCGUGGAUGUGGACAGCCUGGCCUUUGUGAAAGGCUCCAUGGUGGACUUCAGCCAGGAGCUGAUUCGCAGCUCCUUCCAGGUGGUGAGCAAUCCCCAGGCAGAGAAGGGAUGCUCCUGUGGGACUUCCUUCUCUGUCAAAUUCUGACGGGACUUCUUGUGGAUGAACACUGUCUGCAGGCAUUUUCUGGCAGCCUCCAUAGGGUUUUUGCUCGUUCUUUUCCCAGCUGUUCCUUCUCAUCUCCCUUACUCUGUAAUAUAGCAGUUACAGAUGACUCCAGCUGUGUGUGUGUCUAAACUGAGCCUGUCUCCAAGACUUGUUGGCCUCCACUUUAGAAACAUGAGGUAGCCAUGAGCCCGCACAAAGGAGCAUCUUCAGGAGCAUCUUCAGCACCUUGUGAACCACCUGCCAGGUGGUGCUGACCUGCCUGUCUUAUCCUGAAUGUGGAACCACUCAUCUCUGCCAAGAGAUGGCUGUAUGCAUGUGUGUUUAUUGAAAGUUCUUACCAAAAAAAAAAAAAAAAAGCAUUUGAGAUUGUUUGGUAUUACUUGUGCAUUUCUAGUGGGUAGAAUCUGGAUUUGUUCCAGCAUCUGCUGCUUAUUCAUUGUUUUGCAGCUGAAUUGGGCUGACACCUGCCAGUGUUGUUGGUUGUCCACUCUCCAACAUUCAGUGGGCUUUUGCAGACACUUUGCUUUUCUUUUGCCCAGCAGACUUGCCUCAGUCCCAGGAACCUACAGUGGUGCUGUCAGUCCCUAGGACUGAAGUUUUGCCUUGUUCAGAGUAAGUGACACUAAAAGAUUGAGGUGGCAAGAGUUAAUAGCUUAUUUCUUUUAUUAAAAAGGAAAAGAAAAAAGGUGGUGCGUGUGUGUGUAUAAAUGAAAUACGUAGCCCUCCGUCCCUCAGUGCUAUUUUAGGCUGUUCAUAAACCUGACUUGGAAUUUUAGGUCAUACAAACUCUAAGGUGUCAUAGUGGGUCCACUGCCUUCUCAGCAGGAAGGGCAGUUUAGGUGACGCAGGCAGAGGAGGUUCUUGAGUAUUGUUUAAGGGUCCUCAAGUCAUUUUGACUAAGUUGUCUGAGAAAAACUUGCUUCACCAUUUAAUCUGUCUGCCUUGUCUGCCUGGUCUUAUGAAAGAAUGACAUAGCUCCUUCCCUUUAUGAAACCCCAAUAAAAAUGGGAAAUCUAGAGGUUUCCAGAAUAAC